AGGAAAAUAAAAGAAGCAGCAGGGAAAAGUAGUGCAAAAGUGAUGGCCCACAGAGAGACCCGACAGACUGAGCGAGCACCCAAGAAUGGGACUACAAUCCCCAGAAGUCUUAGCGGCGCCUCAGGCCAGGACGUCAGUCUCCUAGGCAACGCAUGUAAACAAGAUGGCGGCCUACGAGAAAGGUCCCUCCAGAGGGAAAGCGCCCUCUCUCCAGGGAGGCUUGGGCGCCUCUCGAGCAGUAAUCCAGGCAAUACUGACGCUCGCAGCAAAACAUCGUCGGACACCAUGGCCUCCUUUCCCCAUGGGACAGAAAUCGAAAGGGACUUUCAGAAGCGCCUCCUCCUACCUCCUCCACCAGCUCAUCCACCGCUCUCAGGAAGCGGAGGUGGACCAUCAGGCCGAAGAGGAAUCCGAGGAGUCCGAGGAGUCAGAAAUGCAGAAUUUGGAGGAGGAGUUUGACGGGAUCCUGAAAGAGGAGAUCGUGGCGGAAGCACUCAGUGGAUUGGGGUGGUCAGGCCCUGGGACGGAGCAGGUUUACCUCAACCUAAAUUUAUCAAACUACGAUUUAGUCGACAUCAGCAUCCUGUGUGGCUAUGUUCACCUACAGAAGUUGAAUCUUUCUUCAAACAAAAUUGAAGAAUUGUCUUGUGUGAGCUGCAUGCCGUAUCUUCUAGAACUAAAUGCUUCCCACAACAAGCUGACUACCUUUUUCAAUUUCAAGCCACCCAAAAAUCUCCAGAAGGUGGAUUUUUCCUCCAACCAAAUUUCUGAAAUGUGUGACCUGUCGGCAUACCGCACCCUCACUCAACUGAUUUUGGACAACAACGAGAUAGAAGAAAUCAAUGGGAUAGAGAAUUGCGUCUGCCUGACCCACCUUAGUCUGGCUGGCAACAAGAUCACAACAAUCAAUGGCUUAGGAACCUUACCCAUCAAAGUGCUUUGUUUGAGCCACAACCAGAUUGAGACCAUCACAGGCCUGGAGGAACUGAAAGCCUUGCAGAAGCUGGAUCUAUCCUACAAUCAGAUCAGUAGCCUCCAGGGCUUGGAGAACCACGACCUCCUGGAAGUGAUCAGCCUAGAGGGUAACAAGAUUGAGGAGUUGAGUGAAAUAGAAUACAUUGAACAUCUUCCUAUCCUUCGUGUUCUCAAUCUACUAAGGAAUCCAAUUCAGAACAAAUCCGAGUACUGGUUCUUCGUAAUAUUUAUGCUGCUGCGACUGACAGAAUUAGAUCAGCAGAAGAUUAAAGUGGAGGAAAAGGUUGCAGCAGUGAAUAAGUAUGACCCUCCCCCUGAAGUGGUCGCUGUCCAAGAUCACAUGACCCAUGUUGUCAACAGCAUGUCGCAGCCACAGAGGAUCUUUGACAGCACUCUGCCGAGCCUGGAUGCCCCUUAUCCCAUGCUGGUUUUAACUGGUCCUGCAGCUUGUGGCAAACGAGAACUCGCCCACCGCCUCUGCAGACAGUUUAGUACUUACUUCAGAUACGGGGCCUGUCACACCACAAGACCACCAUACUUUGGCGAAGGGGAUCGAGUUGAUUAUCACUUUAUCUCUCAAGAAGUUUUUGAUGAAAUGCUGAGCAUGGGGAAAUUUAUUCUAACAUUUAAUUAUGGUAAUCACAAUUAUGGAUUAAAUAGGGACACUGUAGAAGGUAUUGCGAGAGACGGAUUAGCGAGCUGCAUUCAUAUGGAAAUAGAAGGUGUAAGAAGUUUGAAAUAUUCCUAUUUCGAGCCUCGAUAUAUCUUGGUGGUGCCUAUGGACAAGGAAAAAUAUGAAGGAUACUUGCGGAGGAAGGGAUUAUUUAGUCGAGCAGAAAUUGAAUUUGCCGUCUCCAGGGUGGAUAUUUAUGUUAAAAUUAAUCGGAAAUUUCCAGGAUAUUUUGAUGCAGUAAUCAAUGCAGAUGAUCUGGACAUUGCCUACAAAAAACUAAGUGAGCUCAUUCGCGAAUACCUGGGGCUGACUGAGGAAGUUGCUAAGGGCUUGGCUCCAACUGCAGCAGGAGGUCCCUCUAGCAAGAAGACCAUCUCUGGGGUCCCAGCACACCUGGUCCCCUCCCCCAGGCGCUUGGCAAGACUGCAAGCAGAUGGCCAAAACCCAGAAGCUCUCCCGGAAGUGGAGACUCAUUCAAAGAACCCCUUCCCACAGAGCCAGGAGUCAACUGAGGAGGGACCACCCUCCAAAAAGGGUCCUUCUCCCAGCAGUCACCUGGAGCCACCUCAGGAGGUCAGUUCUUCAACAUCUGAUAUUCCUCAGUCAGCCCAAGACAUGUCACCAAAGAUGAAGAAGGAAGGGGAUGGUCAGCCAGCUGACCUUCCUCCAAAGAUAACCACUGAGAUGGAUGGGCCUGAAGGUGAGCCUGGACCACAGGAACUAAAAGCAGAAGGACAGUCUCAAGAGCCACCUCAGCACCCUAACCCCUCUCCCUCACCCAGCCCUCAGCCAGACCAGGAUAAGGAGUCUGGAGAGAUCAAAGGAGCCCCUAGCAACCCUCCCCUCCCUGAACCCGUUGAACCCACUGGACCUGACCCAGCUUCCCUCAGUCCUCACAGAGUGCAGGAUGAGGGAGCUGUGCCCACCAACCCUACACCUAGCAGAUCCCCUCACAGUCCCACAGAAGAUCCUUCCCCCUCUGAUGUAGUGAAGCCCACUGGGAGUUCCCAACCACCUCUGAAGGAGGGAACCCCCAAAGCAGAAGUUGUCCAGGCCAGUACUCCUUACCCAGAAAUUCCACCUCCACAAGACUCAUCCGCAAACUCAAAACAUACACAGGUCAGGGAACAGCCAAUGACCUUGCUUCCAAGAAGCCGGCUGGCUCCUACCAGGUUGCCUCAGCCCCAGACCCUGGCACCUCUCCAGAGCAGAAGACCCACACCCAAGCUUCUCUCUCCCAGCAGGGAAGAGGCUUUGGGGACAAGCACAGAUCAGACCCCAGCUCCCUCUCCAAGGUCUCUCUCAACUCAGGAUGACCCCAGUAAGCUUCCUCUCAUCAGCCCUCCCCAGUCCAAACCACCCCCAAACCCAAGCCCCAAUGCAGCCCAUAGUCCACAGCAAGUCAAUGCUGGAAAAGCCAGCAAAGUGAAGCUCCCACUUAUUAGCCCCCCUGUCCAGGAACAAGCCCAGCAGCACUCCCCCAACCCUCCUCAGGAAGAGGAGGCACCCACAGUCCAUCUCCCACAUAUUCCUGCUCCCUCUGUGGAACCUCCACUACCUCAGAACACUAGGCCAAGGCCUGCUUCAAAGCCUGCAAGGGGAAGGAAAACUCCCAAAGUAGAUCAUGCCUCCAGCAAGAAGAUUCCAGAUCUACAAGCCUCGCCUCACAGCCAGGAGGCUGCUAAGCAGGACACUAGGAAAAGAAAUCUCAGGCAGGGAGAGACAGCUAAAGGGUCCCCACACCUAAGAAGGAUACCAGCCAGAAAGCCUCAGACGGCCCAGCAGUCGGAAUCUCAUAGCAAGCCAAUUCCCAGGAAUGUGUCUGACCCCCAUGACUCCCAGUCACCUCUGAGCCACACCGAAGCAGUGCCAGCAGACUCCCAGAACCAGGAGGAGAAAACCCACAAAGCACACAAUUCCAGAAAGAAGGACUUGGCUCAGUCUGUAGGUGAAUCCCCAAACAGAGACAUAUCUGAAGGAUUAGCUCAAGAAAAGGAAAGGGUCCUUGGUGAGAAUCAACCAAUCCAAGAAGCCCAGCCCCCAGAGCCCCCUGCCAAGUCAGCACACAGAGAACAGGCUCAAAAAAAGGAAAGGUCUCAGAAGAGAUUGGUUUCAGGGAAGCCUCCAGAGCAGAAGACUGCAGCCCCUAGUCAGCUGCGGGCCAAAGAGACACAAGCCCUUAAAGACGCCAGCCAGCUCAGACAGGGCUAUGCCCAGAGGCACAACAUACAUAUGUCUAAGCAGCAAUCCAAAGAAAAGCGAAUUCGAAAAAAUGGGGAUGUACCACAGAGCAGAAGCCCUACUGUUCCUCAGGAUCAAGUGGAGGAGGAGCCAGGCAGCCGGACAGGAAGACUGAGAGCCAGAGGCAGCCAGAGCAUCAAAGUGUAAGCCCUGGUUCCUGAGAAGCUCUGACCCCUGGAAGUUAUGCUGUCAAGCAAGGAGGUUCCACUGGUUUCCUUCUGUGACCACCAGUCAGCACCUCGCUUUGGGGGGAGGGUUCCAGAAGUCUUUGUAGCACUGGUCCCCUUGUGGCAACAGCUGGGGAGACAGCUGGUCUGUUGUUGGUGUCACCAAGGGGCUCUUGUGUUCAGCUAUGAAUUUCAAUAGGAUUUAUGGCUGAAGAAGGGCAGAUUAUCAUAAUGUUUUGUUCUCUUCAUUAGGAAAAUUCACUUCUAGACUAGGAAAUUUCUUCAUGCAUUUUGAAUUAUUGGAGGGUCCUACAGCAAAAAAAAAAAUGAAAGAAUGCUGCAAAAAGAAACCUUUCAGUUUUUAGAGAUUGCCAGCCUGCACUUAACGUAUGAGGAUGCGUCUCUGCAAGCCAGACACUGGCCAGGCCAAGCAUUCGAGGUCUGAACUGGCAUAUGUUUUUGUAUCCUCCUUCUGUCUCUGAAUAGGAACCUCAUGGUCCAUGUCUUCAUUAUGCCAAAGCAUCUGGUUGAAUCUGUGGGGAGAAAAUUGAGGGGAAUCAGGUUUUCUUUUAUCUCUCCGAAUUAUUCUGUUAUAUUCCUGGCAAUGACUGAGGGACAGCCCGAGCCAGCCGGAACUCUAUUAGAAGGAAGUAAGUGUGCGUCUCACACAAACAAACUGUGAGAAGGGACAGGGAGCAGCAGGCCCUCAGAGAGGCAAGGGACAAGCCACUGGGCGUCCCCAAGGUUCUUGUCGUCUUCUAGGCCUGCCAUCACUUCUCAUCCCUGUCAUUCUCCAUGUUGGUCCAUUCUUUGAAUGACAAAUGGUUACAUGCCAUUCUCUCUACAUAGCAGGAGCAUGCCCGCCAACAGCUCUCAAGUCACAUCUCACCACUGCUAUAAAGGGAGUCAUCAAAGUCAUCCUUAAUCCUGAGAGUAAAAAAAAGGCCAAAGAAAGGCUGAUUGCCACUUGGAUCAAGCAUCCUUUUAGAACAGUCAGCUCUGCCUUGGGCAUGGUUACCACCACCCAUAAUCCACUGGGUUCACUGCUCCAUAUGGAGACUGUUUCUGGAAAGGAGGAUCACUGCAGUCAAGGUCAUCAGGCCAUGAUUCUACUCUUUAAAAAAGUAAUCAUUCAGCACUUAACUGUGUGUACAGGCAAGGUAUUGACGCCAUGUUUGAUAUCCCAUAUUUCAGUAUAUAACUGAUGUCUAGUGUCUGUGUUGUACCUUACACAAAAGGUCUGUGCUCACAAAGAAAAUUCUAUCUCUAGUACGAUAGAGAACACUGAAAUUUAUCCUCUGAUUUAUCUCACUACUCCAGGAUAAAAGUUACAGGGUGGUUUUUAAGUAAUUUAUGUCUAUUAAGUGAAGUCAUUACCAAGAAGGCUUUCUUAAGCAUUUUCUAUGUGCCAGACAAAGCAAUGGUUGCUAGGCAUAUCAUAAGAUGAUGCUGACACUCCAGGGAACUCUGAAAAAAUGGUCCAUUACUACGCCAUGUAAUUAGGGUACCUGGAGAUCCCAAAGCAGGCUUAGCUGUGUUUGGCAUCCCACAGAUAUGAAAACCUAUUCAUUUAAUUUUCUAGGCCGUAGUAAGGGCACACACUCACUCACUGAGUGCCGAGGAAGGGCACUGAGUUCCACCUUCAAACACUUCAAAGAGACUCUCAUUCCUCAGCUGAGACUUCAGGACUGCAGAGUUGGUCAAUGGAUAGAUGAAGAAGGGUAUGCUUCCUGCUGCCUAAACACACAGACAGGAGCAGCUAGUGUCUCCUGAGGACCCAGCUGCCAGUGAACCAUAGGCCUAUCUAAUCUGUGCCACGAAAGGGGGCUUUAGAAGCCUUGUCUUGUAACAGCAAGGGGAGGGCAGGGUGCUUAAAUUUGUACUUUAGGGAUAAAGGUAAGGAAGACAAUACUAGAAACAGAACGAUGGGCACAUCAUGGUGGGAGUUAGGACAGAGCUAGGUAAGGGCCUGAACGAUGGCACUGGUGUCGGGGAGGGCAAAUCCUGUUGGGAUUUAGCUUGGCUGUGGAGAGGGUUGGUUAUGAAAGACGGCAAGCAAAGGAGCUCCUCCACCUUUUUUUUUUUUUUUGAGAGGGUCUCACUAUGUAGCACUGGCUGGUCUAGAACUUGCUAUGUAGACUAGACCAGGUUGGCUUUGAAUUCACAGGAACCACCUGUCUUUGCCUCCUAAAUGUUUGGAUUAGAAGUGUGCACUGUGAUGUCCAGUGCACCCCCCCUUUUCUCUAUAAGGAGUUUGGGGUGCUCCUGUGGACCAGAGCCUCAUCUGCAAAGUGGUCUCUAGAACCACGUUGGGUGUGUCCUCUUUGGCCACUCUUAUGGAGGCCUUUGGAGCUGCGUAUUUCCUUAGUGAUUGAGUGGGAUGCAUUAAACGAGUUUCCCUCUAAUGUGGAGGAGGCUCUAACCCUGGAAUUCAUAAUAAUAAGAGGGUUUUCUUCUUUGUAGUUUUCUGUGAUUUGAAGUUUUAUGCCUCAGAUUCACUGCUGUUAGACAUUUUGAAAGGAGAGCAGGAGAUGUUGUCUCUGAUGAGAGGCUUUUACUGCUAGUAGUGGUCACCUUCACACAAGGAAAAGCUGCAAUUUUUCAAUACAGAACAUAAACAUAUAAAAUGACCACUUCCCAUCUGCUUUGGGAUCUCCAGGAACCCUAAUUACAAAGCAAAGUUCAUAUUGCCUCCUUCUGGGGUUUGUUACUAAGCAGUCUUGAGAGAGAGAGAGAGAGAGAGAGAGAGAGAGAGAGAGAGAGAGAGAGAGAGAGAGAGAGAGAGAGAGAGAAGCCAUGGUGGACUUUAAAAGUUACUGUGCUUCUAUGAAAUCUGGUGUUUAGUGUUCAAAUCAACAUAGAAUGUUUCCAUUAGGUGUAAAAGACUUCCUCACAUAUGUAAAGAGCUGAGUGAACCUCAAAAGACUGAGAAGGCAUGAUCAAGCAUCUCACAAAAGAGGAAAUAAAAAUGUUCAAUAAACAUGUCAGAAACAAUUCAGCCUCACUGUGAAUUAAAACAGAACAUACUUUUUUUGGUACAAAAUUUUUGGAUACCAGAUAUAAAACAGAUUAAGACCUAUUUGGGUGAAGUGUUGGUGUCAACUGUAGGAAGCACAUUGGCAUGGCUUUUCUGGGGAAUGGUUUCUCACCCCGUCAAAGAGUUUCAGUUUAUAGACCUUUAAUCUGAUCACUUACAUCUAGGAAUUAUCACGAGGAAAUAUAUGAGAGAAUGUUCAUAUUAAAUUUUGUAAUGAAGGUUAGAAAUACUUCAUGUAAUGGAAUUUCUGAAAUACAUUUCUCACACAGCCAUCUGCUAGAGACAUCUGCCUUAUGUUGCCCUUUUAAUAAUGUAGAAUCUUUACUUAGAAGGCAGUGUUCAUUACGAACAAGGAAGAAAGAGUUUGGCUAAGGAGGUACAGUCAGUGUGGCUCUUAUGUUAGCUCUGGAAUGUUAGAUUAUGACAGUUUUUUCCUCUCAUUUGUGUUUUUUAUAUUUUCUAAAUUUCUACAGUGAGUUCAUGUGUAUUCUGAAAAGGGAAGCAGAAUGAAUGCAUGUAUACAUGCUUACACACACAAUUUGAAGGUUUGCCAUGUCUAUUUGGUCUGUUCCAAUUUGACAUAAUAAAGGACUUUCUGAGAGUCCCCAGUGGCUUUCAGAAAAGCAGAACAGGCUCCUCCCGACAUCAGAUGUGUCAUCUUACAAAAGAACCUCCAUGUGGUGGGUGACUUUGUAGAGUGGGCGGAACCAGUUUCUCUUUAUGAUGUAUGAUCCACUUAUAACAACUGGUCUGCUUGUUGCUUAUGAAGAAUCUAGUUGCCCUCUUCAUUAAGUAGCAUGCUAUUGUGGUAGAAAAUGGAAUGUUCCUAGUAUUCAUUAGCGCACUGACUUAAAAUAUUUUUGAGCAAGCUCCAUAGGUAGAAGUAUAUUUUGCAGUAUCAUGGCCCAGUAAACACAUCCACAUAUAGGAAAUAAAAUAUCGUAAGACAUCUCUCAGAGGUGAUGCACUCACAUCUUCUAUGUUGCUGAGUUUAAAUUUAUAAAUGCAGGUAGUAGCUUGCUAAGCCAGUUUUACAAUGUAGUUUGCACUCUACAGUGUGAAAAGCUAUGAAUUGAGACUUCUGGACCUCAACCUUGUCCUGUUCAAUCAAGGGCCUAUUUGCUAAGUCACCUUCUUUCUCUAUCUGCCAUCAGGUUGGUUAGAUAGGCUAACCUCAGCUUAUACUGAAUUCUUCUCUGAGAGCACGAUCUGGUAUAUUGGCAGUUAAGUCUUUUGUUAUUGUUUGACCACAUAAUGAAUAUACCCAAACUUACCUAUAAGCUGUUAUAUAAAGCUUUAAAAACAUCAGUAGUGAUGUGUCCAGUAAGUAAUUAGCCAACCCCCUUGCCCUUAGCUCCAUGCCAACCCUGUAAACAAUACUGUUACAAUAAAGGAACCUCCAAAUUCCACUUGCAGUGAUGAUAUGGUAUCUGGCACAAUAUGAUCAUAAAAGUGAGUUUACAUGCAUAGUAGGGUUUGAAAGACUAACUUCAGUAAUAACAUUCCUGUGUUGACUAGGCAUCCAAAGAAGAGAGCAAAUGCCUGUCCCUCUUUCUGUGUGUUGAUGGUAGGUAAUGUUAGCAGAGUAGACCUCUAAUCUUAAAACUGACUGUGGGAUGGCCAGCAUGGGCAGCAAAAACUGAAGACCUUCUGUUAAUGAUUGUAACCUUAGAAAGUCUUGACUACAAAAGAUACUGGAUGUCAGCAUAACCCUUUGGAAAUCCAGUCUAGUUGGGAGUAAAUGGAUGAGUACAUGGAAAGCUCCCAGAAUAAUUUCUGCCCUGUGGUAGGUACUGAGAUGAGCGUUUGUUAGCACUAACAUGUAAACAGCAAAAAAUAAUGCAUUUGAUUAUAAAUUAGAAUAGGACAGUGUAUCCUAUUUAAACUAGGUGGAAGUGUUUGUUAAAUGAAAUUGUCUUCUCUGAAAAUCCCUUUAUGACUUCAACCUUGAGUAAAUUAAGGAGCUUAAACAAAAUUAGAAUGGAAUUAAAAAGAAAUGGUAGUUCAGCAUAAUAUCCCAAAGAUAGAGGGCUUCUUCAAUAGGCAUUCACAGGCAGCCUGCUGUCUGCAGAAGACAAGGAGAGGCAUCAGAUCUGAGCUGAUGGUGAAUUUCUUUGUGACACAAACAUCAAAUGCUUAUGAUAGCAGCUGGCACAUAGUACAUGCGCAAUAAAUGGUAUCUAUUCUUUGUACUGUUAUCUUAUUGUCGAUAGAGAUCAAGUAUAUUCUACUGGGUAGACAGCACAUGCUGUCACUUUACAUGUCUGGGUAACAAACAGGCACAUUUAUCGAUUUUUCUCUUUGUGGUGCGUUGAGACAAAGUCUGGUUUUUACUUCUGGAUCUACCAACCCUCAGUUUCCAAGAACAAAACUAAAUAUCCAAGUGAAGAAAAAGCAGGAAAACCUUUGUUGGGGAAAGUGACGGAUGAAAUGGUGACUUGGGGACAGUUGCUCCUAAGGCUAAAUUAUGGCCAGGUGCACCAGCAGGUGCCUGGGUCCCCGCUACUCAGGAGGCUGAGGAAAGACGGUCCCCUAAAUCAAGUGAAGCUAGCAAACAUGGGGCUCUGUUUGGGCGGCUGGCAGUGUGGCACAUCAGCAAUGUUUAUUCAAAGGUACUGGAAAGUAGAGGAAACUGUGCUACAGCUCCCUGCAGGGUUCUGUCCCCUCCUGUCUGUCACUGCCGCCUCUCCUUGUCGCCAUCUUUCCCAUGUGCAGACCUUGUGUAGUAAGCUUGCACUCUUGACAUUUGCUCCUCUGUUUUAUUCCCUUCAAAGCAACAACUAACAACUUCAUGACAAACUUACUCAUUUUGUAAAAAGUCCUGGCAUUAUCAUAUGUUUUAACCGGAAUGUUCUGGAGUCGGUGUCUGAAUGCUGACUUGCUAGUUGAGCUCCACCAAAGGCAUCACAAAAUAUGAGGUCUGGAAGGAAGAAAAGGUUUUGAAUUUCAUUUUCUCUGUGUGUGAAUUUGUUUUCACAUAUGUUCUUUUUUUCCUGGUGUGGAAUCUGUCUUUAUUUACAUAGCUGGUUAUCCCUCUGAUUGGACACCGAAGAACAGAGCAUCUCACGGUUCCAGUAGUUUAGCAGAUGUUUUCAUUUUGCCAUAGAAACAUGAACAUUAUUACUCUAUUUUGUUGGACUUAUGAGAUAGCUUUCUGUGUAGCAUCCUAUUUUGCUAAGGAAAAUUAUCAUGGGUGUUAUAAGAAAUGAUUUUUCAGCUUGCUGUUAUUCCUUUCUUAGAACACAAACAGACAUGAUGUUUUGAGAUGCAAUCCUGUAUUAUAAGAAUAGCUUCUUUUGGUAUCUUCAGCUUUGUAAAAAUACUCCCUAAUGAUCUCGUUGUUUUUCUUCAUUUUCCACCACAAAUUGUAUAACUAUUCUAUUAGAAAUAAAUAUUUUACAUUCUAUCACACAUUAUUGUGUUUUAAGUUGUCCUAAGCCUUUUUUCAUGGUUGUAUAUUUCAUGAUGUAUAGCUAUAUGUGUAUUUCCUGUAGGGGGGUUGUGGGAAUUUACUUGUGGAUAUGUAUUAAUCAUGGCAGGGAUAAAUUACUCUUAAUUGAAAGAAAACUGCAUGUUCUUAGAGUCAUCUUUUCCUGGGAGAAAGAAAGGAAUGCUUUUGAAGUCACUUGGUAUGGAAAACUUUUCCUAAAAAUUGGAGCCUAUUUCCCAAGCCAUCCAUUCCAGAGACUGUUUCUUUCAAAGAGAGAAAAACUAGUGGGAAUGCAAUUCCUUUGCAAAAUUUUACCUAAAUAUUCACAGACUUUCCUAUUGAAAAAUGAUCAGCCUUAUGUGUAUUGAGAGUGGUCAUAUGAAUACUCUCCACAAGUUAUCUUACUACCAUAAAAACAUUGGUUACUAAAAUGGGCUUUCGCUUUCCAUAUUAUUCACAGCCUGGCCACUACAUGGCAACUUAAUUAGUACUUCCUGCCCCGGAUGUUUUCCUGUGAUAGCACAUCCUUAACAUGGAUUAUUUUCUCCUUUCCUGUCUGUAAAAUAUCCUAUGUUGCCUGUAUGAUACAAUAUUAAACAUGUACAUGGUUUUUUCCUAGGGUGUUGUCAUUGUCACAUUUGCUGGUUAGAUCGGAUUCUGUGCUUAUUCUUCAUUGUCCAAAUAGUAUCUAAGUCGUUUGACUUCAGAGAAAUGAGUCUAAAUACAAGGUGCAAGUCAUUUAAGAUCAUUUGGAAAUGCAUUCCAGUUUUUCCAUAUCCUUUUGCAUUCUACUGCGUCUGGUAAUGAUAGUAUCCAUAAAGCAACUUUAAAAUCCUCCAUGCUUCAUUAAACUCAUUUACGCUUCAUUGUAGGCAUUUAAAUAAAUUUAACUGGCCUAUA